AGAGAAGCAGAGAAGAAAGAAGCAACAAUGAGAGAAGACAAAUCCAAGACUAAUAAGCUGGCAUGGUCCAAGAAGAUGGUCAGGAAAUGGUUCAAUAUCAAAAGCAAAACAGAGGAGUUUCAAGCAGAUGAUCCUACUUCUGCUCGAGUUGAAGUAGAGCACAGAAGUAGCUUCUCAGCUGAGAAAGCACCUUCCACAAUCAAGAAUACCAAAACUGAGAAACUUAGUAAGAACUGGGAGCAACAAGCUCGGCAAAGGAGAAUGAAUUAUGAGAAUCCUAGGAUCAUUGAUGUCCAAAACUACAGCAUCUUUGUAGCUACAUGGAACAUAUAUGUACUCGGAUUCCAAGAGAUUGUUCCUCUUAAUGCUGGAAAUGUCCUUGGAGCUGAAGACAAUGGACCUGCUCAGAAAUGGCUCUCUCUUAUCCGAAAAACGCUCAAUAACCGACCAGGAACUAGCGGAACCAGCGGUUAUCACACGCCUUCCCCUAUCCCUGUGCCUAUGGCAGAGCUUGAUGCUGAUUUCUCUGGAUCCACAAGGCAAAAGAACUCUACUUUCUUCCACAGACGGUCUUUUCAGACCCCGAGUAGUACAUGGAAUGAUCCUUCCAUUCCUCAGCCAGGUCUUGACCGUCGUUUCAGCGUCUGUGACCGUGUCUUCUUCAGCCACAGACCAAGUGAUUUCGACCCGAGUUUCCGUGGUAGUAGCAGCAGUCACAGGCCUAGUGAUUACUCUAGAAGACCUAGUGAUUACUCUAGAAGGCCUAGUGACUAUUCCAGAAGGCCUAGUGAUUAUUCCAGAAGACCCAGUGAUUCUAGACCCAGUGACUACUCUAGACCAAGUGAUUACUACUCUAGACCGAGUGAUUAUUCAAGGCCAAGUGACUUCUCAAGGUCUUCAGAUGAUGAUAAUGGUCUCGGGGAUUCUCCAAGCACCGUCUUGUACUCACCAGGUUCUGCAGCAAACGACAACGGAUAUAGAAUCCCGUGGAACUCUUCACAGUAUUGUUUAGUUGCUAGCAAACAAAUGGUGGGUGUCUUCCUAACUAUUUGGGUGAAAAGCGAGCUAAGAGAACACGUUAAGAACAUGAAAGUAUCUUGUGUUGGCAGAGGACUAAUGGGUUAUCUUGGAAAUAAGGGAUCGAUCUCAAUAAGCAUGUUGCUCCAUCAAACAAGCUUUUGCUUCGUCUGUACCCACUUGACUUCGGGACAAAAAGAAGGCGAUGAGCUAAAGAGAAACUCUGAUGUCAUGGAGAUACUCAAGAAAACGAGAUUUCCUCGCGUUAAGAGUUCAGAGGAAGAAAAGUCCCCUGAGAACAUCCUUCAGCAUGACCGGGUAAUAUGGCUUGGCGAUCUAAACUACCGUAUAGCACUGUCUUACCGAUCUGCCAAAGCACUCGUUGAGAUGCAGAACUGGAGAGCUUUACUAGAAAACGACCAGUUAAGAAUUGAGCAGAAACGAGGCCAUGUGUUUAAGGGAUGGAAUGAAGGAAAGAUCUAUUUCCCACCAACGUACAAGUACUCAAGGAACUCAGAUAGAUAUUCUGGAGACGAUCUGCAUCCCAAGGAGAAACGUCGCACUCCUGCUUGGUGUGAUAGGAUAUUGUGGUUUGGUGAAGGACUGCAUCAGUUAUCUUAUGUAAGAGGAGAGUCACGGUUCUCAGAUCAUAGACCGGUCUAUGGCAUUUUCUGUGCAGAGGUUGAGUCAGCUCAUAAUAGGUUAAAGCGAACAACGAGUUACUCCACUUCACGGGUCCAAGCUGAAGAACUCUUACCUUACUCCCGUGGAUACACCGAGCUCAGCUUCUUCUAGAAACACACAGAUUUCCAUUUUUUCUGCUCUUUGCGGUGAACUAAAGUUUUUUGGUUCUU